CAAGACCAUGAACAAGACAAGAACAAGAUUGAAGAUUGUAAGAUUGGAAGUUCUUGGAACUGCAUGCGGUCAUUGCGGUGCACGCAAAAGAUUUUCGAAUCAAUCUAAUUUGUUGGUUUAGUGUUUGUUUUUUUUUAUAAAAAUGGCGUCAAAAGAAUUCAGAGUUGAUGCUACAGAAAGACUGAAAGAGGAAUUUAAAGCAUGGAAAGCAAACCAUCCUAAAGACUUCAUUGCCGAGCCAUGCAAAACUGAAGAUGGAACACUGGAUAUGUUAAACUGGAAAUGUGCUAUUCCUGGAAUGCCGAAGACACAUUGGGCUGGAGCAUCAUACAACUUGAGUGUAGAGUUUCCUGAAGAUUAUCCUUAUUCACCACCGAAAUGUCAGUUUACCCCGCCAAUAUUUCAUCCAAACGUAUUUCCUUCCGGAACGGUCAGUUUGUCCCUCAUUGACAGAAAUCACGGUUGGAAACCACAGACAACAUUUAAAGAGGUUCUUGUUGGAAUUCAACUACUUCUAAGUGAUCCAAAUUUUGACAAACCUGCGCAGGCUGAGGCGCCUGCUGUGUACUUUAAAAGUUCCAAUGAUUACGAACAACGCGUAAUCAAGCAAAGAAUGGAAAUGGCAAUGAAGUAGAAGACAGAGGUACCGGUAGUGUAUCCUGCAUCAAGAAUAUCCACAAGCUUGAAGAAUAUCGGACAGCGUGGAAUGUAGAAGGGGCUCUUUCUAUUUCAAACGUACGAACGCGUUGCUUAGAGAUUUUUUCGCGGAAGAUGGAAAGCUGUUUGAAAAGUUUUAUUGCUAAAUACUUUCUAUAAAUUAUAAUAUUUUUUUGUAAAUUUGGACCUUAUGAUCAUAGCGAAGUAUAGCAUGAAAAUUGAUCUUUUUCGUGGCGUCUUGAACAAGUGUAACGGGAAAAAAUUGGAUUAGAAAAAAUUGGGCACAAACGUUUCUGGUGCGGUGGGGUUACAGAAUGCCAGGGUCGUAUAGAAGUACAAUUUAUUAGUCGGCGGGCCACCAAACCGACUAUAGAUUCCGUUUAUAUAUAGUUUUAAAUGUUUUCACAAAAUUUGUGCUUCUCAGGAAAGAUCAAGCAGUUGUGUGGUUCAGCGUUUAUAUUUUUUGAGAGGGCAUAUUAGUAAUCACCACAACGUCGCCGAGAAUACUGGGUGGGAAAAAUUUUUUUUGAAAAAAAUUGUGAAAUUGUUACCAAAUUAUAGCUAAAAAGCCUAAAUUUGGUGAAGCGAUCUAAAAAUAAAUCAUUAUUGUUUUUGCACCCACACAACAUACAAAUUUAAAAGCGAAGAACAAAGAACCAAGGAAA